ACGAGGUCAUUCUAGUAAAUGUUUGAGCAACCAUUUAGCAAUGGAUGGCAUGAGCACUUUUUCACCGGCUAGCACACAGAUUUCAGGGAUCUAUAUGUGCGAGCUCAGAAAACGAUAGCCUUGAACUGCUCAGUCUUUAUAGUUAGUCAUUACCUCCUUUAAGAAAGACAAAGACUUUCUGUAGAUUCAGUUAACGUUUCUCCUCCGAAACAGUUUUCAUAAUAAAAAUUACUAAGUCAUGCGAGCUGAUGUGUAGGUCAUCGUCCUAAAAAGGUUACGCUUGGCUGGCAGCCACUGGAGACAAUUCGGUCGCACUGGAGCACCAGGGCAGCGAGCUCGGUCAACUGGCCUUGGCGCCGCCAAAUCCGAUUACAGCGGAUAAUCAUCAUCAACAUCAUAUACAAACUACAACUAGUAACAAGCUGCAGAGACACGGCGAAAAGCGAGUCACGUUCCGCGAGCAUCCCGUUGAAUUGGCCCAGUCAAGCUCAGACUCGUGCGACGUCUGCUUUUCCACUUACUUUGUGGUCGAUCCUUACGAGCAACGCACACCCUCUGCUCAUCAACAGCAAGAAGAAGAAGAAGAAGAGGAGGACGGAUUCAGACCUAGCCAAAAUUGUCAGCAGCACAGCCCUUACCAGGAAGAGGAAGAGGUGCAUCAGGAAGUGGUUCAGCACGAGCCCGGCUGUGCCAUCGCUGUGGCCAUGGAUAAAGACGCUUCUGGCAAUCCCCGGGUUGCCGGCUGCUACAGAGCUUACGAGGGUCUCAAGAACGCCAAUAAUGGAAACACGUCUUCGCUCAAACGUCCGAAUAAUGUUACGGCGGGUCCUGGAAUCGAUCACGUGCCCAGUUGCAAAGCCGUGCAGAUGCAGACUGGCCAGGUUCGUUGCCUUUGCUUCGGUGGCGCUCCUGACAAAGCCAGUCGGCACUCAUUCCUCAAAGGCUUCCUCAUUAACCUCGCCAUUUGUGCACUGCUAGUACUUUAUACUUUAGUUGGUAGUUUCAUCUUCUUGUAUCUGGAGCGUUCCGAGGAAUCUCCCGACCAUCAGAUGCUAGCAGCGACCAUUCCAGGCUCUGGCAGAGUUAAUAUAAAAAACUCCACUUGGCUUAACCGGAUAAACGCAGCAAGAACUUUGACUGUUGAAAAUUUAUGGAUCACGACAGAAAAAUUAAACAUAUUAUACCGUGAAAAUUGGACGAGACUAGCAAACGAAGAAUUGACUCGCUUUCAAGAGCAGGUGGUAAGAACGUUGACGGACAGUUUAGGGGAGCAAAUACCACCCAUGCAUGCAGGCACCAGUGGCAACAGUGACGAUGUCAUCGGUGAAAAAAUAGUCAAAUACGAGUGGAAUUUCGCUCGGGCUUUUCUUUACUCGCUGACUGUUCUCACAACAAUUGGUUACGGUAGCAUAGCUCCACGUUCAUCGGUUGGAAAGCUUGUAACCAUGGGCUACGCAUUCGUUGGCAUACCUUUGACAUUGAUUUAUCUUUCGUCAGCUGGGGGUCUACUUUCCCGAUGCGCUCGUGGUGUAUUCACGCGGGCCCUGUGCUGCUGCCUUUGUUCAAAUUGCGGGUACUGUUGUUAUGAUGAGAGGCGAAUGGAGGAAAAAGAACGCCGAAUGAGGAAAAGGCGUCAGCAAGAAGAGCAGCAACUGCAGUUGCAAGAACCCUUUUACGUGAGAGCCAAUGCGUCGCAGUAUCCAAGUUCGGUAGAAAUUAAAACCAGUCCCAAAGAUGAGGUAUUAAGUCUAAGCUCUGGUGACCGACCUAAUGUCACCAUACUGGCACCUAUUAGUAUUUGUCUCGGCGCUAUGUUUCUGUACAUUGCCGCCGGUGCUUUCACGCUCCAUAAACUCGAAGGCUGGUCUUUCGUGGAUGCAAGCUACUUUUGUUUUAUGAGCUUGAGCACGAUCGGUUUCGGUGAAUUGGUACCAGGCUCUUAUCCGAUUCUGCCGAAAAAAAACAGCCAAGAGCGCAAUGCAACUGUGUGGUUCUGCUCUUGCUAUAUAAUGUGGGGAAUGGCACUCACAGCCAUGUGCUUCAACAUACUGCACGAUGAAAUUGUACACCGGUUAUCACAUCAGCACGAUAAGCUGAGUAGCGUUGCCGGCAGUGCCAGAGGAACCAUCGGUAACAAUAGUGACCCUGUCAAGUCGAGCACUAUUAGUGUUCAAGAUGAAAUGUCAGCCGCCCACGACCCCUACGCUAUUAACUCGUGACAAUUUCCUGCCACUAAUCAUUACGGCUGGAGUGCAUCUCAACAGCAGCAACAACAACUUCAGCAGCAGCGUAGCAUUAUUACCGAGGAGAACAUCUGCUUAAAUGAUCCUCCAGGCAUGUUUGAAAAUGAGAUCAAUAUAUUAAAAGACUCAUUCAACCAGGUGGAUGUAACUCGCGAUUGUAAGCCAAUACUUAAUUUAGAGGACCAUCUACGUCCGGUUCCUCCACCUGCGGUCUAUACUCUUCCCGAACUCGAUGAGGAGCUUGAUGAAGAAAAUACCGAAAUGUAAAUUAAUCAAGCGCUUACGGUCCUGCUUUUUUUCUUAUCAUUUUGACUUUAAAAUUUUUUAAUUGAAAAUUAAUAGAGUGAAUGAGUACUUUUAGUUCACAGGUACAGGCAUAGAUUUUAAUGCCUUAUUAUUAAGUAUUAAGAAAUCACUCAUUAUUAUGUUUAAAUUAUUUUGUAUAUGUCAUGUAUAUUUUAAUCUGAGGAAAGUCAUCUCUACAGUGAUUUAUAAAAAAAAAGGUACUCUCAAAUGAUUUAUUUAUCAAAUAAAGUUAAAAACUUGUAUCGAAUCCCGAAAAACAAAGAAGAAGAAAGACGCAAGAUCUUGAUCGGAAAUAUGUAAGAAAAACGAAAUAUUUUUUGUGUACAGGUAUCGUAGGGUGCAGCAAAAAACCCCUAUUUUUUAAAAUCGCUUUGUAAUAGUAUGAAAAGUUAUUCUUUUGACAUAAAAAGAAGGUAGCCUAAAGCUGAUCACUGACAAUUAGGUUUUUCAACCUGACCAACGAAAAAAUGCUGUAUUUUACUCUUUUAAAAUUUCAAUUUAAAUAUGUUAAACAAGAAGAGUUUGUGGGUCAGGAGUCCAAAUUUGGCUCUGUCUAUUCCUCUGGGCGUUAGCGUUAAGCCAUUUUUUAAAGAUUUUUCCUUUUUUUAGUCUUAAUUUUGAUUAGCUGCCAUCGAUUGAUUAGUAUUUGUUUACUAAAUCGGAUUCGGGAGCAACGAAUCCCUUUAUUUUGAGUGUAUUUUUUUGCGGGGUUAAACGCAAGGUCCAUACGCAAAGCUCGGACUGCCUCAACAAUAUAUCAUUCAAUGACCACUAUUUUUCACUAAUAUUAUAUUCGGUUCUAAUAGUCUUAUUGAGACGAAUAAAAAAGGGAAAUCUUUGUCUUUUUGUGUAAAAUUAGAUGAAAUAGAAUUGAUUCUGUAAAUAUUUAGGAGUUAUAUAGUUAGGAGUUAUAGCCAUAUAAAAAGUUAUUUUGAUUUGAUUUUUUUUAGUUUAAAGAUGCCUAAUGUUUACCUCGUGCAGAAUUUUUUGAGACCAUAUUAAAUCUUCGCCGCUUUAACUCGCUUUAACAAAGAGAUUCAUGGCUCCCGAAUACGAUUUAGUCAAAAAAUGACUAUGAUCAUCUAAUCAGCUAAUGAUCAGCUAAUCAAUGUUAAGAGUAAAAUAAAGUAAAUUUCUUUUAAAAAAUGGCCUAAAAUACGUCCGGAAGAAUAUCCAGAGCCAAAUUUUGACUCUUGACCCAUAAACUUUUGUUCUGUAACACAUUUUUCUGCCCUUCCAAUGGGUAAAAAAAUUAGAUAGGUGAUUAUUAAUAUAUUCGCUCAAAACGCGGUUAAAAGACGGAAAAUUGUGAAAAUGAGUAAAAAACAGCAUUUUUUCGCUGGUUGGGGUGGAAAAACUUGUUUGUCAGUGAUCCGCUUUAGGCUCCUUUCUUUUUAUGGUAAAAGAAUAACUUUUCACACUAUUAUAAAGCAAUUUUUAAUAAUAGGUGUUUUUGUAUAGUAGUAUGUCUAUACAUUAAAUGUCUAAUGUGUUAUUUUUCAAAAUUGAGUUUUUGAAAAAGAUAUCUAAUAUGGUUAGUAUAUCAUGAAAAAUUAUCUCCAGAGCAGUUAAAACUUUGAAAAAACUUAACCCGUGCAACCAAAUCAAAGUAUGUUUUCUAGAAUAAAAACUAGUUUUUCGAUGAAUGCAGCAUCAUUUUGUUACCAGCACUGGAUGAUAUGCUAGUGUAAAAAUUUAAUACGUCCAAAAGCGCUUUUUGAUAAAAAAAUAAUGUUUUUAUUAAUAAAAAAAUCGAAUAAACAUGAAAAUAUUGACCUCUUAUUAUAAAAUUCUGGUAAAAGUCGUAAUACGAUUACUAUGCAUAAAAUAGGAAAAACAAUAAAAAUAAAAAAGACUACAAAAAUCUUAUAUUCGUUUGUUUUUCGAUAUUCAAAGCAGUAAAGCAAUAUUUUUGGGCAUUGAGAAGCUUCUUUAAUGUAUCCAACUUAUCAAACUAGUAUAUUAAGCAACUUUUUACGGUUUCCUGAAAUGAAUUUUUUGCUCUGGUUUCACAACUUGACAUUUUUCAAAGUUGAAAACUCUCUGGUCAUGGUAUUUUAUGCAAAAAAUGUACUCUGCUAAAAAAUCAACUUUGAAAAAUAAGGGAUACCUUAAUGUGUAAGAGUGUUAGAUAUUUGGCUACCGACUAGUGCAUCUGAAAUUAUUCAUCGAUUUUUUUAAAGCAAAUACGGGUAAAGUUACUUGUCAUGAAUUUUGUUUUUUUAUUUUUUCUCAUUAUUACUACUUUUAUUUCCUAUUUCUUUGUGGACAAGUAUAAGCAAUCUUAAUGUACAUUAAAGUUACAUCACUCUCCUUGGUGAGAUGAAAUAAAAGUACCAGUGUACACAUCUGCAUUUAAUGUAUUCGAAACUUUUUGAUAAUAAAAAGAUAAGUGCGUGAGUACCAUUGUAAAAGUAAUUAUGUGUGUUUUUCAGAUGGUUGAGAAAUCUCCAGACCUCUGAGUAAGAAUCUCUAAAUUAAUGUACAUAAAUGUAAUACGUAUGAAUGUGAAAAUAGGAUUUGUUCAUUUGGUUUUACGUGGGUGAUGAUCAAUUAACAUAAGUGAAAUUAAAUACAUGCCUAUUAUUUUUUGAUUUAACCGGUAAUAAAAAAAAAAUAUAAUCGGGGUGAUGAUAUGAAAAACUAUGGUCCCAAAUUAUAUUUCAUCGUAUUUUGGAAAAUUGUCCAAAAUUAUGUGUUCGACCGAGCUGAUAUUGAUAACAGCAAAGUGUUUAAAAAUUAAGUUAUGUAUUUUUUGUAAAUAUCAAAAGUUAUCGCUAUCAUUAGAAAUUUAGCCAAAAAUCAUAAAUAAAAAUCAUUAUAAAUAUAUUUAGAAACUAAAUUAAUACACUAAUAUAUGCUCAUUGUUUUUUACCAAAGCUGUAUCUAUCAUAACAUUUUCUAAUAUCUAUAAUAAAAUCCUAAUGGUGUAUCUUGCAUGUACGUGUCCUGAGUAGAUAAUUGAGAAAACUGUUUAAAUGUAUGCAUCAUGUGACAUUUUUAUUAAAAUUCUAGAAAAAAUUUCUUGUUAGCAGGGUUUUGAAUUUUUCAUGAGAUUUUUAUACUAAUUAUGAAAUACACGAUGUUCGUGUAUAUAAUAAAAAUAUUUUAACACUUACCUCUUUCUAUGUGGCAAGUGUGCGAGAGAGAGAGAGAGAGAGAGAGAGAGAGAUGGCGAGUGAGAAAUAAUUCUAAGAUUAUUUAAAAUCUGUGUAAUAUCAUUCAGGGUGUUCUGCUACAAAUUAUUAUCCACUCAUGAGCGUUAAAAGAUUUUUUCCGAAUCAAUCUAAAAGUAUGUUUGCAUUAUACACGAGAGCGUAAGGUCAAUUGAAGUACUGGAAUCAAUAUGAAACGUCAAAAAUUUAUUUUCCAUUAGAAAUAAUACUUGAAACUUUAGGUGGUAUGUAUUUGUGAUUUUAUUAACUGGAUAGUUUCAAUUACAAGCCAGUAAAUUAUAGAUCAUUGUUAGAAUGAAUUCAAGUUUAGUCGCUUAUUAAAAAUUUUGAUUUAUCCUGAAACUCUUACAAAAGUAAUCAACACCUUAAAACUUGUUCUGUCUAAACGACAAUACAAUAAUGAAAUUUACAGUUAAAAAACUCUUCGAGUGCGUAUUUACUUAUUACUUUGUUUUCAGUUUAAACCGCAGAUAAAGUGAUAACGUUCAUACAUGUUAUGUACACACAAUGAUAUGAACUAUGAAUGGGUACGGAAGGUUUAGCGAAGCCGAGCUUGACAAAAUAUUUUGAAGCAGAAAUAUCAGGAGCAUAAAUAAAAAAUCUCGCAUGUUUUCGAUUCAGGCGUGAUGGUUAUUCGUUAAACGUAUUCUUACAUAUACGUGUAAAAAUAUAUACGCAUAUAUAAUAAUAAUAUACAUACGUAAAGAAUUAUAUAUACUCGUGUGAUUAAUAUUGCGCGCUUGAGAAGGAUGAUGCGUAUGAUAAUUUUGCUAACUUGUAUAUAAGAAUUAUCUCAAGUACAUUUAAGUUAAUACGUGAAUGAGCAAAAAAUAAAAAUAAAAUAAAUCAAAGUCCUGAUGUAAAAUACUAUAUUGUAUACACGUCUGUAUAAUCGUUAAUCGAGUAAUGUAAAUCUCAAAAUAUGAUAAAUAAAUGAAAAAACUUGG